AUGGUGGACUUGUUGCGAUCCGACAGCUGGCGCAUCCAGAAUCUUAAUAUUUGCUUCCCAACCACUGAUUCGGCCGCUGAUCAGAAUGCAGCACAGCGUAUAAUCCAGCGACUCCCUCAGGAGAUAUUGCAUACUCUUGCCCAAUUUGGAAUCCCAAACUUAAUAUGGCUGGAACUGCAGCAGAUCGCGCACUGCACGGAUUUCGAAGCGCCUGCGCUCAAGCACCUGACCAUCUUCUCACCUCUCAUACGCACCAAAUCCAUCUAUCCAUUACUGUUCCGUGGCCAUGCUCCGCAGCUGCGGACGCUCACAUUGCGCGUUGCGACCUGGCUUCCGCAGAACAGAUUCCCCAGUCUCACGCAUCUGCACAUCUCUUGCACACCCAUGCGACUCUUCCCCGCAGAGGAGAACCGGGCAACGAAGUGGGAAGUCGCGGAACUGUUCUCGUUUCUAUCGCAUUGUCCGAACCUCGAGGAUGUCGUUCUCUGGGGCAUACCCGAGUUUCACACCAUCCACGAGGAAGUCCCUGUGCUUCACAUGGGCCGCCUCAAGCGGCUAGUUUUGGGGGGCAUAACUGAGCUGCUAAUCAAAUGGAUACUCCACCACAUCAGAAUGCCUAGGACUUCCGUGGCAUACCGCUUCGCCGGUGUUCUCUGCGCUCCCGAAGAGCUCUUCGCAGUACUCAUGUACGCUCCCUGGCUAACUCUGCGGACGAUUCACAUCCAGAGCAAGUACAUGGCCACAGCGAUCAUCUUUUCCUUGGCAGAUAAGUCCUCCGGGUUCCGCAUUGAAACUCGCCUUCCAGGCAUUUCGACGCAGAUGAACGAAGACUCGGAAGAGUGGGGUUGGUCGCAUGCGAUAUGGUCGGCCUGUGAGCUGAGAGAAGUGCAGGAGCUGUACCUCGAAGGCCUGACCCCGCUGCUGCUGGAGCACUUCACGAGCAUGCACGCACUGAUGACGAUGCUGCCCGCGCUCACCACGCUCGUCUGCUCCGACGGUGUUCAGCCGGAGCUCCUGUUCGAGUACCUCGCGGAGCCACCGGAUGACGGAAGUGACGGGCCAUCCUCGCCGAAUCUCAGCACGAUGCAUCUCUGCAUUCCGGAUGACACCGAUAUGGAAUGCUUCCACACCCUCGUCGCGUUCGCGGAGACGCGCGCGCGGACAGGACACCCACUGCGGAGGGUGGUGAUAGAGGUCAGCCGGCCGACGAUGGAGGUGGAAUCGUGGAUUCGCCAGGAAGGGCGCAUAGACGAAGCGCUGAGCCCGUAUGUCGAAUCCGUCGAGCUGCGCGUGUACGAAGGGCGGAAUCCGCGACCGCGGUGGCCGGAUGUGUGCGCAGAGACGCCGCAUGCGGAAUGGCCCCGUUGGCCCUAG